GCGAUCGCCGCUGGACGCAGCUGAACGGCCGCCCCCGGGCGGGGGACGCGCUCGCACCUCGCAUGUCCGCGGCGCCCGGGAAGUCGGAUGUGUACGGCCUUCCUCCCCCUCCUCCUCUCCUCCAUGGCCGUCGUGCUCCGGCUUCUCGGCCUCUCCGGGAGCGCUCCGAGGCCGGCGGGCAGCAGCGGCAGCUCCGCACGUCGCGAUCGCCGUAGCAGCGAGGCUCGGCGCGGCGGCUUCCAGUGACCGCGCCCCAGCCCGGCCAUGUACCCCCAGGGCCGGCACCCGGCUCCGCACCAGCCGGGCCAACCGGGCUUCAAAUUCACCGUGGCCGAGUCCUGCGACCGGAUCAAGGACGAGUUCCAGUUCCUGCAGGCCCAGUACCACAGCCUCAAAGUGGAAUAUGACAAGCUGGCGAACGAGAAGACCGAAAUGCAGCGCCAUUACGUUAUGUACUACGAAAUGUCGUACGGUUUGAAUAUUGAAAUGCACAAACAGACAGAAAUUGCUAAGAGACUGAACACGAUUUUAGCCCAGAUCAUGCCUUUUCUGUCACAAGAGCACCAACAGCAGGUGGCCCAGGCUGUUGAACGUGCCAAGCAAGUGACAAUGACGGAGUUGAAUGCUAUCAUCGGGGUACGUGGACUUCCCAAUCUGCCUCUCACCCAGCAGCAGCUCCAGGCUCAGCACCUCUCGCACGCCGCCCACGGGCCCCCGGUCCAGCUGCCGCCGCACCCCUCGGGGCUCCAGCCGCCCGGCCUCCCGCCCGUCACCGGCACCAGCUCGGGGCUGCUGGCGCUCGGCGCGCUGGGCAGCCAGGCACACCUGGCCGUCAAGGACGAGAAGAACCACCACGACCUGGACCACAGAGAGCGAGACUCAAGUGCAAAUAACUCCGUGUCCCCCUCGGAGAGCCUGCGGGCCAGCGAGAAGCACCGCAGCUCCACGGACUACAGCCUGGACUCCAAGAAGAGGAAAGCGGAGGAGAAGGACAGCAUGAGCCGAUAUGACAGCGAUGGUGACAAGAGCGACGACCUGGUGGUCGACGUCUCCAAUGAGGACCCCGCCACGCCCCGGGUGAGCCCGGCCCAUUCCCCCCCGGAGAACGGCCUGGACAAGGCGCGUGGGCUGAAGAAAGGGGACGCUCCCAACAGCCCGGCCUCGGUGGCCUCCUCCAGCAGCACUCCCUCCUCCAAGACCAAGGACCUGGGCCACAACGACAAAUCCUCCACGCCCGGCCUCAAGUCCAACACUCCGACGCCCCGGAACGACGCUCCCACCCCGGGCACCAGCAGCACCCCGGGGCUGCGGCCCAUGCCCGGCAAACCCAGCGGCAUGGACCCCCUGGCCUCGGCCCUGCGCACGCCCAUCUCCAUCGCGGGCUCGUACGCGGCGCCCUUUGCCAUGAUGGGGCACCACGAGAUGAACGGCUCCCUGACCAGCCCCGGCGCCUACGCGGGGCUGCACAACCUCCCCCCGCAGAUGAGCGCCGCCGCCGCCGCUGCCGCCGCCUACGGCCGGUCGCCAAUGGUGAGCUUUGGAGCUGUCGGGUUUGACCCACACCCGCCCAUGCGAGCCCCGGGGCUGCCCUCCAGCCUGGCCUCCAUCCCCGGAGGGAAACCGGCGUACUCGUUCCACGUGAGCGCCGACGGGCAGAUGCAGCCGGUGCCGUUCCCGCACGACGCGCUGGCGGGGCCCGGCAUCCCGCGGCACGCGCGGCAGAUCAACACGCUGAGCCACGGCGAGGUGGUGUGCGCCGUCACCAUCAGCAACCCCACGCGCCACGUCUACACCGGCGGCAAGGGCUGCGUCAAGAUCUGGGACAUCAGCCAGCCCGGCAGCAAGAGCCCCAUCUCCCAGCUGGACUGCCUGAACAGGGAUAACUACAUCCGCUCCUGCAAGCUGCUGCCGGACGGCCGCACGCUGAUCGUGGGGGGCGAGGCCAGCACGCUGACCAUCUGGGACCUGGCGUCGCCCACACCGCGCAUCAAGGCCGAGCUGACGUCGUCGGCGCCGGCAUGCUACGCGCUGGCCAUCAGCCCCGACGCCAAGGUGUGCUUCUCGUGCUGCAGCGACGGCAACAUCGCCGUGUGGGACCUGCACAACCAGACCCUGGUCAGGCAAUUCCAAGGGCACACGGACGGGGCCAGCUGCAUAGACAUUUCCCACGACGGUACCAAGCUGUGGACGGGGGGCCUGGACAACACAGUGCGCUCCUGGGACCUGCGGGAGGGCCGGCAGCUGCAGCAGCACGACUUCACCUCCCAGAUCUUCUCCCUGGGGUACUGCCCCACGGGCGAGUGGCUGGCCGUGGGCAUGGAGAGCAGCAACGUGGAGGUGCUGCACCACACCAAGCCCGACAAGUACCAGCUGCACCUGCACGAGAGCUGCGUGCUCUCCCUCAAAUUCGCCUACUGCGGGAAGUGGUUUGUGAGCACUGGGAAGGACAACCUGCUCAAUGCCUGGAGGACGCCCUACGGAGCCAGCAUCUUCCAGUCCAAGGAGUCCUCGUCCGUGCUGAGCUGUGACAUCUCAGCGGAUGACAAGUACAUCGUCACGGGCUCUGGGGACAAGAAGGCCACGGUCUAUGAGGUCAUCUACUGAUCCUGGCCCUCCCAGCACCGGGAACGCUCCGGGAACGCCGCGGGGCCCCGCGCCCGGCCCAGCUCCGCCGCCCUCGGAUUUAUUUGGAGAUCUGCAACUCUGGCACACAUGGAAGCCCUAAACGGAUUUUUAUUUGGUUUUAAGGUUUUGGGGUUUCUUUUGAUUUUUUUUUUUUUUUUUUUUUUUUUUGGUUUUCCGGUUCUUUCCAUCUGGCUUUGGUGGCACUAUAAAGGACUCCUUUUUUAUUGGGACAUUUUAAUUUUUUUUUGUGCAUCCCGCAUAAGACUUGUGAAAAAUGUAAAUACUGGACUAGGAAAUAGCGUGGGAAGGGGGGACCCUCCCAGUACACUUAGUUGUGUAUUUUUGUCUGCUGUAAUUGUAUUCCACUGAUGGUUUUGGUGGUGGCAAUUUUAUUCUGGGGGUUUUUUGGUUGGAUUUUUUUUUUUUUUUCCCUUUUUCCUUCCCUCCCUCCGGAAGAUUCCGUGGGGACUUUUGCCAUCCGGGCUGAGCAGAGAUGUCCACUGGUGAAAAGUUGUUCCUCCUGUCGUGCGUCGUGUGUUAGUGAUGGUGGGGAAUCGCUCGGAUCCUCAGCUACUGACGGGACAUCAACACAAUCACCUUGGGGGUUGUUUUUUUAUAGAUGGAUUUAUGGAUUUAUCCUUUUUAUUUUUUUUUUUUCUGUGCUUGGAUGUUUGAAGAAAAGGGGAAGCCCACGCAAGCCCUUCUUGGUCUUCGGACAGAAGCAAAAUGAGGAGUGAUUUCAAAGAAAGCUUAGAAAAUUCAGCUCAGGGAGCCACGAAAGAUAAUAGCAAACUUAUGUGUUUUGUAUUCAAAUGAAAAGUAAAGAAUUAGAAUUGAUAACCUUGGAAAAAAAAAAAGACAAAAAAAAAAUACAGUUUUUUUUUUUUUAAAAGCGAAAAGUUUACUAACCAGUAGGGUUUGUGUGUGGUGGGGGGCUGCUUGUGGUCCUUGUGGGCUUUAUGGUCUUGUGUCUUCUGGUUUUAUGGAGCAACUCCCUCCCCCCACAGGCCUUUUGUACUAAAGGGUUCCAAAAAGGACAAAAAAAAAACCAACAAAAAAAAAAAAAAGACAAAACCCGAAGACCUAACGGGAAAAUAAAAGUAUUUGUGUAGCAGAAGUGCUCACCUGUAUCGUAGCACACGGCAGAGGAUUUUUAUACAGCGUUUUUAAGGAGUAUUUUUGGUGAAUUGGAUCUGGUCCAAAAGGAAAAAAAAAAAGUUUAGGGUUGAGGGGAGAAGGGUUGGGAGAGGAGGAAAGGAUGGAGAGGUGGGACCUGGAAUUGCAGCCCUGCCAGGAGCUGGAUCCUCCCAGGGAUCCAUCCCGUCCUGUCCCUCCCAGGGAUCCAUCCUGUCCCUCCCAGGGAUCCAUCCUGUCCCCCUGAUGGAUCCAUCCCGUCCCUCCGGCUGCUCCCAUAGGAGCAGGGAGAGCAGGAGAGCUCUCUCCUGGGAAUUCCUGUGUUUCCAUCGGAACGAGAGGGCUCUGGGCUGAGCUGAGGGAAUGUUCCAGGCGCGGGGGGCUCCGUGGGACGCUGGCAUUGGUUCAGGGCACUGAUGAUCCAAGGAAGGGAAAGUUCUCUAAAGCUGCUUUUAGGGAAAGGCAUUUUAGGGUGGUUUGGCUCAGAUCGACACCUCCGGGGCCAGCAGAGCCUUGGAGGGCUCCGGGGCUGUCCCAGGGCUGUCCCAGGGCUGUUUUGGGGGCGGUUUUUGGGAUCUGUGGGGGCAGCUCUGCCCCUGACCCUGGGCACGGCAUUCCCGGCUCCGCGGCGCUGUGUGCUGGGAAGGGCUGGGGGGCUCUGCCCUGUCCCCAGGGUCCCCCGGCCGCGGGGUCACCCCCAGCUGGCGUCCCCUGGGCUCCCAGGGCUGCAGCUCGGCUCUGCCUGGGUGUUCUCCCCGAAAUUCCGGGAUGGGAACGCAGGAGUUGCGCGUUCCGGAGCCGGCGGAGCCUCCCGCAGCCGGGCUCUCCACUUCACACCAAAGUAUGUAGCAGAACCUGUACAGCUGUUAAUAACUACCACUGGUUUUUGUAAAAAAGGGCCAAAAAGAGAAAAAAAAAAAGAAUAAAAAGUCAAUGUACUGAAGCUCAACCGCAA